CUGUUCCAUUCAAUCCGUAGUUCAAACAGGUUCGCAAUCAACAAUGGUUCGCAUCAUUCUUAUUCUCACAGCAACUUUCUUCGCCUGCGCCUUGGGUGCUUCAACCGGUGGUUUGCACCCUUUGCGACCAUGGUGGAACGCUCUGCGCUCCAGUGGCCGCAUUGUUGGUGGCUUUGAAGUGCCCGUUGAGGAAGUUCCCUUCCAAGUGUCGUUGAGCCGGGUUGGAUCUUCCCACUUCUGCGGAGGAUCGCUACUUUCCGAACGCUGGGUGAUGACUGCUGGCCACUGUGCGGCUUCUGGCCAACCAAAUCUUCAGGUGCGAAUCGGUUCUAGCCUCCAUGCUUCCGGUGGUCAACUGUUUAAGGUUAAGGAGGUCACCCGCCAUCCGAAAUACGAUGAUGCUGCCAUCGACUACGAUUUUGCGCUGCUGGAGCUGGAAGAGACUGUAACGUUCUCCGAUAGCUGCGCUCCGGUUAAGUUGCCUCAGAAGGACGCUCCGGUCAACGAAGGAACUUGCCUGCAGGUUUCAGGCUGGGGUUAUACUCAGAACCCAGCUGAAUCGAGUGAAGUUCUCCGGGCUGCCUACGUUCCGGCAGUAUCGCAAGAGGAAUGCCACAAGGCUUACUUGAGCUUUGGAGGAGUUACCGAUCGGAUGGUCUGCGCUGGAUUCAAGGAAGGUGGCAAGGACUCUUGCCAGGGUGAUUCUGGUGGCCCUCUUGUUCAUGACAACACUCUGGUCGGAGUGGUAUCCUGGGGUUAUGGCUGUGCUGAAGCUGGGUAUCCGGGAGUGUAUGCUCGAGUGGCGUCCGUUCGUGAUUGGGUGCAGGAGGUCAGUGGAUUGUAAGAAGACAUUGUUAAUGAACUGCAUAACGAUAAUGAAAUGAUUUAAAAUAAUAAAUUGUAUUAACGCAAAUAUAGACCAAUAAUUUUAUUACUGAA